UUUAUCUUUCCUCACAAAAAUAUAGUUUUCCAAGGAGAACCCAGGCCGUGCUGUUUUACCCCAGGUCAAAGUAAAAGAAACUGAAGAUGUGACUGAAGAGGCAGUGACAAAUACAGUAAGAAGGGGUAUAAGUUACCAUUCAACACUUCAAGCCCAUGAUGGACAUUGGCCCGGGGACUAUGGAGGUCCUAUGUUUCUACUUCCUGGCCUGGUGAUUACUUUGACUAUCACUGGGGCAUUAAAUGCAGUUUUAUCAGAUGAGCAUAAGAAGGAGAUCUGUCGAUACCUUUACAAUCAUCAGAACAAAGAUGGUGGGUGGGGAUUGCACAUCGAGGGCCCGAGUACUAUGUUUGGUAGUGUCUUGACUUAUGUUACUUUAAGGUUGCUUGGUGAAGGAGCUAAAGAUGGACAAGGAGCCAUGCAGAGUGGGCGUAGAUGGAUUCUGGACCAUGGUGGUGCUACUGCAAUUACGUCGUGGGGGAAAAUGUGGUUAUCAGUACUUGGAGCAUUUGAAUGGUCUGGCAACAAUCCCCUGCCCCCUGAGAUAUGGCUUCUUCCAUACAUGCUCCCUAUCCAUCCAGGAAGGAUGUGGUGUCACUGCCGGAUGGUCUAUCUGCCAAUGUCUUACCUUUAUGGGAAGAGGUUUGUUGGCCCAAUCACACCGACAGUUUUGUCUUUGAGGAAAGAACUUUUUAAUGUCCCCUACCAUGAAAUAGAUUGGAAUGAGGCACGCAACCAGUGUGCAAAGGAAGAUUUGUACUAUCCACACCCCCUCGUACAGGAUAUACUUUGGUCCUCUCUUCAUAUGGCUGUUGAGCCAAUCUUGCUGCGUUGGCCUGGGAAGAAGUUGAGAGAAAAGGCUCUUCGCACUGCAAUUGAGCACAUACACUAUGAAGAUGAGAACACUCGUUAUAUUUGCAUUGGACCUGUGAAUAAGGUUUUAAAUAUGCUUUGCUGUUGGGCAGAAGAUCCGAAUUCAGAGGCUUUCAAGUUACAUAUUCCAAGAAUCUAUGAUUACCUAUGGAUUGCUGAAGAUGGCAUGAAAAUGCAGGGGUAUAAUGGAAGCCAGGCAUGGGACACUUCUUUUUCUGUUCAAGCAAUUAUCGCAACCAACCUUAUAGAAGAAUUUGGUUCAAUUCUAAGAAAGGGACAUCAAUACAUAAAAGAUUCACAGGUUUUAGAAGAUUGUCCCGGUGAUCUUGACUAUUGGUAUCGCCACAUUUCAAAGGGUGCUUGGCCUUUCUCAACUGCUGAUCAUGGAUGGCCCAUCUCAGACUGCACUGCUGAAGGAUUGAAAGCUGUUCUAUCAUUGUCCAAAAUUCCAUCAGAAAUUGUUGGUGAACCACUAGAUACAAAGCGGCUUUAUGAUGCUGUCAAUGUCAUACUCUCAUUACAGAAUGGUGAUGGUGGCUUUGCAACAUAUGAGCUCACAAGAUCGUACAGUUGGUUGGAGUUGAUCAACCCUGCUGAAACCUUCGGUGACAUUGUAAUUGAUUAUCCGUAUGUUGAAUGUACCUCAGCUUCUAUUCAAGCUCUGGUAUCAUUUAAGAAAUUAUAUCCUAGUCAUCGGCGAGAAGAAAUAGAAAGCUGUAUCAAAAAAGCUGUUGAGUUUAUUGAAAAGAUACAAGCAUCUGAUGGUUCAUGGUAUGGUUCUUGGGGGGUUUGCUUCACUUAUGGUACAUGGUUUGGCGUAAAAGGGUUGGUGGCUGCUGGAAAAAAUUAUAACAAUAGUUCCAGCAUCCGGAAAGCUUGUGAUUUUCUGCUAUCAAAACAACUUGCUUCUGGUGGCUGGUCAGAGAGUUAUCUAUCAUGUCAAAACAAGGUGUACACAAAUCUUGAUGGUGAUAGGUCUCAUGUGGUUAAUACUGGAUGGGCCAUGUUGGCUCUUAUUGAUGCUGGCCAGGCUGAGAGAGACCCAACACCGUUGCACCGUGCAGCUAGACUUUUGAUAAAUUCUCAAAUGGAGAAUGGAGACUUUCCUCAAGAGGAAAUCAUGGGUGUCUUCAACCGGAACUGUAUGAUCACGUAUGCUGCAUACCGGAAUAUCUUCCCCAUCUGGGCAUUGGGUGAAUACCGCUGUCGUGUCUUGCAGGCUUCGUGAGCUAGCUCUGCCACUAAUUUGUGUGACAUUGUACCAAUGUAUUUCAGAUUCAGUUACUGUUUUUGUCAACUAAGCAUCGCGAAGUAACGAGCUGUAGACCGGAACAGAAAACUAAAGGGUGAAGAAAAAUAAAUUUUAGAACAAUUCAAGGACAACUUUCCUCUA